AUGCAUUCCAUUAUCAAUCCAUUCAAAACAUAUCGAAAAUCAUUUCAAUCAAAUACAACUUCUUUAGUACAUGACCAUUCGCAUUUUUCACCACAUAUCAAUUUUGGAUUUGGAUCGAUACCGGAUAUAACGAAUGAAACGCCUUAUAUCUAUUCAAUUGAUUGUCAAAAACGUUUGAACCAUGAGAUUGAUUCGAAAGUUCCGGCUCGAUCAACCGACACAACUCAAGUACGUUCGGCGAAAACGAAAUAUGAACGUAUGCAAGCACCUAUUCUGUCCUUUGAUGAAGAAGGAGACAUUCCAGUACCGGCUGCUAAAAAGAAACGUUUACUCUCUCCUGAUAGUACCUAUGUUAUUGAUUCACGAGACAAUCUAUCCGGCUCGAAAUCAGCUGCCGAUAGUGUAUCAAUUGAACGAACGCGAAAAGAAAAAUUCCGACACGCAUUACGUUCCGUUUCCAAAGUUGCUUUUAGUCAAUUGGGUUUAGGUGGUUUGGUUGUUGGGUAUGUUAUUCUUGGUGGAUUGAUCUUUGAUGCCAUUGAAUCCCGUUAUGAAGCUGAGCGAUCCGAGGAAAAAGAACGCAAUCGACAACAUUUUGUCGAUCAAUUAUAUGUUCAUGCAUACCGAGAAUUUAAUCGUGUCCUAAAUCAAACAUUUGAAUUGAAAUACGCACUAUGGCGUGGCGGAAUAUCACGUCAUGAUGAACAUAAUGAUGGUUGGCAAAUAGAUGUAGAAAAAGAUCUCUGGAGACAUCAUGUUGAUAUUGAAUUGUUACAAUAUUUUGGUGCCGAAGAAAAAAAUCAAUAUGGCAGUGAACAGCAACAGCAAGAACAGAAUAUUGUCGAAGUUUGGACAUUUGCUAGUGCUAUGCUUUAUUCUGCCACAGUUAUAACCACAAUUGGAUAUGGAAACAUCACUCCGAAAACUACCGAAGGAAAAAUAGCAACGAUGAUCUACGCUAUGAUUGGUAUUCCGUUGAUGUUUAUGUGCUUGACAUAUACAGGUGAUCUAUUAGCUGAUGCAUUUAUAUCUGGUUAUUCAAAAUUGGUCAAUUUUAUGUAUCGAAAAAUUUGUCGUGGUCGUUUGAAAAAAUGCGUACCAGAUGAUGCACGACGAAGUUUCGAGCAGGGUGAUUCGGAAUCUGAAGACGCGAGACAUGUACCAAUUGUCGCAACUUUAGCUGUCCUUGCGUUGUACAUAACUAUGGGUGCAUUACUUUUUGCUCAAUGGGAAAAUUGGCAUGUACUCGACGGAGCAUAUUUUUGUUUUAUUACAUUCACGACCAUUGGGUUCGGUGAUUUGGUUCCAGGAAAAGGUACGGUCACCGAAUCCAAAGCCGGAAAAGCAGCCAUGUGUGCUCUAUUUUUAUUAUUUGGUAUGAUUGUUAUGGCCAUGUCAUUUAAAUUGAUGCAGGAUGAGAUUAUAUCGAAAUUUCGUCGAUUCGGUCGUCGAUUUGGUUUUGUUAAACGACCUAUGAAUGAUCCUGGUUGA